AUGUGCUGCCGCACGCAUGUGCCUGCGGUGGGAGCAGUGGGCGCCCGGCUCUGCGGUGCCCAUGGCUCCUGUGCACUGCUUGGCCGACCGGCCCCUAUGGUGCGGGUCCUGCCGCGGCCUCUGUGGGUGCUCCCCAGUGGGCACCGCAUGGAGGCUGCCAUGCCACGGGGCAGCCCACAGCGGCAUCAGCCCGCAUUGCGCCUCACGCGCUGCUCCGCCGCGUCUUACCUGGAAAGUUGCAGUGCCUACAUGGAGCGGAAGCAGAAGCAGCUGGCAGUGAGCUAUGUGUGUGUGCGGGGAGAGGCCCUGGGCAUGGUCCUCAGACCAAAGCACAAGGUAGAGUGUGUAAGAGUGUCCAGCACAGCCCUGGCCUUUGGACUCUGCGGUUGGACUAAAACUGGUAUUGCAUUGUUGUAUGAUGAAGUAUCUGAAAAUGCCUAUGACAUCCGACUGAAGCUUACAAAAGAGGUAUUAACAAUUCAAAAACAAGAUGUCGUCUGUGUUAGUGGAAGUGAUCACAGUGCAAAUCACAGAACUGUUACACUUCGUAGACAACCAGUUGGUGGCUUGGGCUUAAACAUAAAGGGUGGUGCUGAGCACAAAGUGCCUGUCGUCAUAUCAAAAAUAUUUAAAGACCAAGCAGCUGACCAAACAGGAAUGUUAUUCAUAGGAGAUGCAAUAAUACAGGUUAAUGGUAUUAAUGUAGAAAGUGCUACCCAUGAAGAAGUGGUAAGAACACUGAAGAACUUGGGAAAGGAGGUCAAUUUAUUGUGCAAAUACCUGGAGCAAGCAAUUACAUUCCUCCAUCUGCCAUUGUGUUCCCCUGGAGCAUCUAGUGAUCACAGCAGUGGAGCUUCAUCACCUCUCUUUGACAGUGGUUUACAUUUAAAUGGAAACUCGACUAAUACGGCUCCGUCAUCAGCUUCUUCACCCAUAGCUAAUGAACCAAAAUACGAGAAGUGCUGGCUAGACACCUUAUCAGUUCCUCUGUCGAUGGCUCACAUCUCGAGGUACAAAGCUGGAACAGAUAAAUUAAGAUCUAAUGCAUUUGAAGUGCUGGCACUCGAUGGAGUUAGUACUGGGAUACUUCAGUUAUAUACAGCCCAGAAGAGUGCUGACUGUCUGAGAGCAAUAUCAACUAACAUCAGUGGUUUGACACUUCAAAAUAUGAAAAUGACAAAUAAAUGCUGUUCUCCCUCAGGCCAGGUCAUACAUAUGGGAUGGGUAAAUGAGAAACUUGAAGGAACUGAUUCAUCUCAGCUCUACAAAUUCAAGUUUCUGGCACUGAAGGGUUCAUCCUUCUACAUUUUCAGCACUCCACCGGUAAGCACACUAGACUGGGUACGAGCUGAAAAAAUCUAUAACCUCUGUGAGGUUCUGUUUAAAAUUCACAAGAUAAAUAAAUUGGGCAGCGACAAAGUAGAUACUCGUCAAGCCUUUUGA